AUGAUUUCCACACGAUACUGGUUUCACAUCGGAGCUAUCACUGCAACUCUUUUGCUGGCGCUGAUACUCCCCGACAGGAAAAGUAUCUUCGGGUUUUUGGCGGGUGAAGAAAUUGAGAUUUCAAAAAUUGUCGUCGAGACCGUGGUCUCUUCUGCUCCUGCCGGCACUGUCGAUCGACAUCAGGAAGAGAAGCAAUUUCUCCUCCAGCGAUUACGUCGGCCGAAUGGCGAGCUAAGCCAAUAUCACCCUCGACGUCGGCUGCUGGCCGCCCUUCAUGGAUUUUAUCGAUAUGCAACAAUUGCCAUGAAUGACUUGAAUACUAUCAGUACUAGAUACAAGAGUCUACCCGACAAUCAGAAACGGACGGAACGACUCAUAAAAAAGAAUGAUGUAAUAGCCCAGAAAAUUGUCGACCACGCUCUCGAGUUCUAUGGUGUUGAAUUUUCCGAGCUUCAAAAGUUCGUCCAUGACGUGGAGUCGAGUGGGCAGUCUGCCGAGCGUGUGAGCGUCUCGCAGGCCUUGAAGCAUUAUAUCCGUGAUUGGGCGCCAGAGGGCGAGCAUGAACGGAUCAGUACCUUCCCUCACAUCCUAAACACCCUUGAGAAGCUCUACCCCACGCGGGACCGCGCCAAUCCUGUUCGAGUCCUUUUGCCAGGCUCCGGACUUGGGCGCUUUGAAGUUACUGCUAACGAAUGGUCGAUGUACAUGAAUGUUGCGUACCGCUACAUUACGUCUCCAGGAGGUUCUUUGGCUAACUCGUCUACUAUCUACCCUUACAUCGACUGGUGGUCACACCAGCCAACAACGGCAGAGCUUCACCGGCCCAUUACAUUUCCUGUUGUGCCUGCCGACCCUCAUUCCGUCGUCCUCGUUGAAGGAGAUUUUACGACGGCUUUCAAGAAACCUAGCGAUCAAGGCCGCUUUGAUGCCGUAGUAACUCUGUUCUUCAUCGAUACGGCGCGCAACAUUGUUACGUAUAUUGAAACCAUCCACCAGCUACUCAAGCCAGGUGGGGUAUGGAUAAACCUCGGGCCUCUGCUUUACGGCUCCUCUCCACUUAUUCAGCUAUCUUUGGAUGAAAUAAUCGACAUCUCUGAGGCAGUUGGAUUUGACCUUCAAGACACGGAUCCGCAAUGUGGGGAUAUUAGCCUGCCAGGUAGAAAAGUUCGUCAAAUGGAGGCACCGUAUGGGUUCAACAAAGAUACACUAUCGAAAAAUGCAUAUUGGGCGCAGUUCUGGGUGGCGACUCGUCGAUAG